AUGAAUCAGGAACAUCGAGACUAUGAGUUCAUUAUCGUGGGCGCCGGUGCCUCAGGAUGCUCUGUAGCCAGUGCCCUCGCAAGAAGCAAGAGAAGGCCCUCGGUCCUUCUCCUCGAAGCCGGAGACUCCAAUGAGGACCCGUCGGUACGAGUCCACGGUAAUAUGUACACGCAAAACACCAACAGCACACAGAACUGGGGCUAUAAGAGCACGCCUCUACCCCAAGCCAACAACCGGCAGAUUAGCCUCGAUCGUGGCAAAGGCCUGGGAGGCUCAACAGCUAUCAACUUUACUUUCUGGACCAGGGGACCUCGCGACGAAUGGGACGAGCUCGCCCGGCUGACUGAUGAUGAUGCGUGGAAGUGGGAAAACACGGAGCGUCGGUUCGGGCAGAUCGAGGGCUACCGCCACCUCAUUGAACCUGGGACAGGCGCCGAGCGCUACUGUACUCACGGGCCGGAUGCGUAUGGCACGUCUGGUCCUCUCCGUCUGUGUAGCCAGAGUACCAAGUGGUCAGGGGAUCUUGCCGAGACAACGGAUGUGUGGGAAAGUUGCGGGUAUCCGAUGAACACGGAUUCAUCCACUGGUAACCCCAUCGGUCUUCAGGUGUGCCCCCUCACUGGCCAUCUGGGUACUCGGUCGACGGCUGCAGAUCUCCUACGGGAUGCCCCGGGCAACUUGUACGUACGGACCGAUUCCAUCGUCCACCAAGUGAUGUUCGAGGACAGCAGAGCUUCGGCUGUCAAAUUGGCCAACGGAACGACAAUCACAGCGACGAAGGAAAUCAUACUGUGUAUCGGUGCGCUUGAUACCCCUAAGAUUCUCAUGCAGUCGGGUAUCGGCCCAGCGGAACAGUUGAGCAAGUUUAGAAUUUCAGUCGUCCAUUACAACGAACACAUCGGCCGGAACCUAAGAGAUCACUACUACGUUUUGAUGUUAUUUGCCGCCCGCGAGGACGCCUCCGAGGCUUUACACAAUGCUCCCGCGACAGGAGGAGCUGCGAUGGGGUUCUUCAAGGACGAAGGGGCGCUGUCGAGUUCGGAAUUCCAGACCCUGACAGACAAAGAAAGGGGUCGCCUGGGUCUUCCAACUGGCCCGACCUGGGAGAUAGCGCACGACGGGGCUCGUGUGCGCCCUGGCCUCGAGCAUAUGGGUCCAACGUCCCAGAUCACCCUCUUCAUCUUGAACAGCCAGGGCCUGGGUGACGUUAAGCUUCGAUCGGCCAAUCCCAGCGAGCCACCGCUGGUUCAGCCUGGGUUCCUCGAACAUCCAUGGGACAAGCGUAUCGCUGUCGACUCUACGCGAGAGUGCCUUCGAGUUAUGGAGCAUCCGGCGUCAUCGAAGCGUAGGGAUCGGAGCAUAGCGCAUAUAUGUCCCAAAAGCAGCAGCGAGGAAGACAUUCUGGAGUUUUGGAGAGACAACCUUACCAGCACCUGGCAUAUGAUGGGGACAUGUAAAAUGGGCCGGGUUGAAGGGCAAGACGGAGCUUGCGCGGACACUGCCUUCAAGGUUUUUGGUGUUCAGGGGCUGAGAGUUGCCGACCUUAGCGUGCUGCCCUUACUUCCAAGUGUACAUACCCAGACAUACGCCUACCAGAUAGGAAUGAUCGCGGCUGAGAAGAUCAUCUCGGACUACGGAUUGAGUACUUGA